GAGAUAUCGUCGACAAAGACACUAGGCACUAACUGGAGAUCGUAAAAUCCCGCGAACACGUGGAAUUCAUCUCUACUUUGCGUAUAUGUGAUUCGAAAAUGUAAACAAUAGUAUAGAAGAGGAUUUUUUUGUAUUUUUUUGAGUGGAUGUGGGAGGUUAUAUAUGAGUAGAGAAGAGGAUUAUCAUGUACUUUGCUAGUAUUGUUCCUGCAGUUUGAAAUCUUAGAGGGAAAUUGUUAUUGAUGAGUGCAUUGACAUAACCUCUUAAUUAUUUGGCCAUGACGAUGGAGAAGUGUCGAUUGUGUGGAGAGGAGAGCAAUAAUCUAUCACCUAUUUUCAGUGGUAAAUUUAACAUUGCUGGAAAAAUAGUCACGUGUCUUCCGAUUAAGGUUGUGGAUAACAAUGAUUUACCCCAAGAAAUAUGCUAUUCGUGUGAAAAUGUCGUUGACAUUUGCUACAAAAUGAUCCUCAAAUCAAUGGAGAUUGAUUCAGACUUCAGGAAUGGUGUGAUAAAAAAUUUAGAAAACCAGAAUAGAAAUAUCAACAGUCUUCACGAUGGUAAACUGAAUCCCCAGGUUCUGCUGAUAUCUCACAAUAAAAAUCACGGAGAUUCGGUGAAGAAAAUGGUAGUGGUGAACGAAGGGGAGAAAAUGGAAAUUGACAUUGAACCUCACACACUUGUGGCUCAGGAGAGAUUUUUCGAUAAGGACAUUAAAAUUUAUUGUUAUUCCGAGGAUAAAGAUGACACGAGAAGUGAUAUACUCAGGAACUUAUUGUCCCAGAGGUCCGAGAGGAAGACUAUUCUGAACGAGCACUCAUACGCAUCGUCACCUGAUUUAUCUUCAUCAGUGACGGAUGAGAAGUUUAAUCUGGGUAAUCAGGACCUCAAAUUAAUGAUUACCAAGAGAAGUCUACCCGGCCUGGGGGAUCACAAUUACUUCAAAAAAAUCAAUGACACACAGCUGAUCGACUACUACGACAAAAUUCACACGCAUAUGGCAGCUGAUCAUGAUUAUUAUGAUCGAAACCUCGAGCAGAGGAAAGUCUGCGUGAACUCAUACCCCUGUAAGCUUUAUUCAAAAGCUAUUAAUUCCCUUAUUCCCCCGGAGAGACACGAAGACAUUGAUGGAAAUACUGAGCCUGAUCACUGGGAUCUGUGUACUGAUGUGGUGAAUACCCCAAUUGCUAAUUAUUCAGAGUGGACGGAAAGUCAAAGACAGAGUUUUUUAUUUGCUAAGUGUGAGGAGAUCUUGUGAGUGCCAGCAGGACUGAAUGCACUGGGAUGACGCCAUGGAGCACAAAAUAUCAUUUUUAUUCAACAAAAAUGAUUUAUAAAACUUCUUAUCAUAAGACUUACCUUAUUAUAAAUUUCCAGAAGAUUUGUUUACUGCUGGAAUUUCCUAUAAAAAUGAAUCUGAAGCCGAUUUUACACGUUUCUUUCACUUCAGUGAAAUUUUUCUUUUGUUUUCCACUUCAUUUAUUAGUAUCAUGUAAAUUGAAUCAGUGGAAAAGUCUAGACACUUGAAAAAUGCAUUCAUGUCGCUCCAUUAUGUUAAUAAAAUUAUUAUAAACCAAUAAA